CCACUCAUUCGAUUGUUAAAUACUUGAUUAGCUCUAAAUAAACAUUUAGUUUGUGUUCACUUCUGAUCGAUUGUUUGGAACUUCCGGGUGACGGUUUUGACUGAAUAAUGGCGGCGGGAUUAGGUCCGUUGUGUGGCAUGUGUUGCAGACCCAUUAACGAUCGAUUUCUUCUAAGGAUAAUGGACGUUUCGUAUCACGAGCACUGUGUGCAGUGUUGUGCCUGCGGAGACCGCCUGCACCACACAUGUUUCGUGAAGGACUCGAAAUUGUAUUGUAGACUGGAUUAUGAUAGGCUGUUCAUAAAGAAAUGCCUGGCAUGUUCCGAGCGGAUAGCUCCCGAGGAGCUGGUGAUGAGGGCCAGCGAGAAUAUUUUCCAUCUGCGCUGCUUCGUCUGCGUGGUGUGCGGAAUUAGGCUGCAGAAAGGAGAUUUGUAUGUCAUCAAGCAGGGACAGCUUUUCUGCAGGAUCGACUACGAGAAGGAGGUGGAGAUGAUGCAAGGGUUCGGACACGGCGAAUUCAUCUGUGACGAGCUGCUGCCCUCCAGCCGCGCCCACGACGGCAGAAGAGGCCCGAAAAGACCCCGAACAAUUCUCACGACCCAGCAGCGGCGGGCAUUCAAAGCUUCUUUUGAAGUUAGUCCAAAGCCUUGCAGGAAAGUUCGAGAGGCCCUCGCCAAAGAUACCGGACUCAGCGUCCGAAUAGUUCAAGUUUGGUUCCAGAAUCAGCGCGCCAAGAUGAAAAAGAUGCAGAAGAAAGCACGCCAGGAUAACAAAGGCGGCAAGGACGCCGACAACGACGAUAAGAAGUUGAACGUCAAAGAGGAGGAACAAAGUCCGCGCUCGACGCCAUUUUACAACGACAGUUGCAGCGACACGGAGACGACGCCGGGGGACGGCGACGCCCUGAUACACGCCAGGGCCGACUCGAAGCACUUCCUGACGAUCAAGGAGGAGAUGGAGGAAAGUCCCUACUUCAAGAGCAAUAAUAAUCUACCCCUGCACAGUUUUACAGGUAUGGGGGACGUUCGCCGGGAAGACGGCUACAUGGGUAUUCCCUUUCCUUCCCCCCUGGAUUCAGGACAACCAAACAUGUUUAUGACGCCACCCAUCGCUCACCAGAACCCACCUCACGCGAAUCCAGGACUUAAUCCCAUCGAUCGGCUCUACUCCAUGCAAAACUCGUAUUUCUGCGCGGAAGAGGAACACACCAUGAUCGAACCCUAAAUACUCAUACUUAAGAAAACCGAACCAAGACUGACGGCUUUUACUGUAAACUCGGUUUAUAUUCGAUGUGUAAUCAAUAAAAUUA